CAAAUUGAGGGCAAGGGCAAUGGCGCGCCAAUGCCCAUUUUCUCGCUUCAAAAUCUCGAAACUCGUCGUCCACUCCGUAACUUGUAAUGACUGAUAUGGAGCCUCCGUCGUUCUCUCUCGGGCUGGAUCUCGAUGCCGAGUCGGAGCCCCGAAUACCCUCUCCAGCCCACUCCAAUAUCUCCCCAGCUCAAGAUUCGCCAAGCAUCGCCAACCUUCGUGCAAUCGGAGACGAUAAUGGGUUUAGGGUUGGAGUGGAGCCCGGACUUCAAGUCAUGGACUCGGAUCCUGAUUCCGGACCCGAACCGCUGCGGGUCUUUAGGCGUUUGAGGCGAGGACCUGCAAAGGAAAAGCUUUCGGCGAAGAAGGAACAGGAGAGGUUGGUAUGUGACAUUGGUGACGAGGACAUCGAGGAAUUUUCUUCUCAGGAGGAUAUUCGCAGAGAUACAAAUCCAGCAGCAAAAUAUUCAAUAUGUAGCAGUUCAAAGGUCCCACUGCAUACACGUGGUAUUUUAACCAAUCAAUCAUCUAAUCAUUGCAAUGCACAGAAAUGGGAGCAGCUUUCAGUUGCACCGGCUUCAGCCAACCUUGAGACUAGCCAAAGGGGAUUUAUGUUUCCAAGAUUAACUGUCAGCCCUAUUCGAAGGUUUCAAUUAAUUGAUUCUGAUUCUGAUUCUGAUGAUCCUUCGGUUAGUGAAGACUUGGGCAAAGGUACCUGUAAAAUUGAGAAAUCACCAUUGAAACGACAACGUACUGCAAAUGAACAAAAGAGAAAAGCAUCAGUCUGUAAGCCCCUGGACAAUAAUUUGUGGAAAGAUUUUUGUCCUACAAAGAGUUUUCAUGUUACAACACCUGUUCUGGAUGAGUUCUGUGAUGAGUACUUUCAGUCCAUGAAGAAUAAUGGUGCAUCUCAGAAAUUGGGGAGCACUGUUGUUACAAAAAUGAUGGAUGGCGGCUCUCCACAAAAUACAAGUGGCGGUGCAAACUUUGAUAGAAUCCAUGAUUUGACCGACCCUCUUCCUCCUGCUCAUAGUUAUUUUUACCAUGAGGAUCCAAGGAUUCAGAAAUUAGUCCGUUUUCGGUUACCCCACUUUUCCCCUCUUAUUAAGAACGAAGGAAAUCAGUUACCUCAUGAGUCGCUCAUUAACUACAUGAAUCAAUUCGGAAAUGGAGAAACCUCUACAGGGAAAGGAACUCAGAAAACUAAUUGUAAGAGCUCAAGAAGGGGAAGAAACAAGUCGAAGAAUUCAAAUUAUGAAGAUCCACAUGCUCGGGAAGGCUGGGUAAACCCCAAAAGCAUUGCUCCCAUCCCAAGGGAUGCUGGAAAACAACGGGUGCAUGCAACUGGUCAGGCGGCUGGUCACUGGUUUACAUCCCCGGAAGGAAGGAAGGUUUAUGUCUCUAAAACUGGACAGGAGUUUACAGGUCAAACAGCGUAUAGAUGUUACAAAAAGGAAAGCGGAUCACGAUUUAGAAAGUCGAAAAAGAAAGUUGCUGCAAAGAAGGUAAAGAGCUGAAGGUCGAUGCUGCCAACAUACGUAUGACUUUCUUUAUGCUGCAUCUUUGUCAUGUAAAAUGCCUAUUCAUGUUGGUUGGCCACUUUUUCUCCUGAAAUUUUGCAGAUUUUUGUACAUUCGAUUUGCAAGUACGCUGGAAUGUUAAGCAUUUGAUCAUGUUUAAAAGAUAUAGAAACUUCAAUGCCAAAACUGAUUUUAAUUAGAAGCUUAAAUAAAAUAGAAACCACCUACCUGUGUUGCAAUGCCACUCCAUGAUUUGUUGGA